AUGGAGCCCCCGGCCCCCGUCCAGCCGCCCCAGCCCAGGGAGAGGCCGGCAGCCCGGGGGUCAUGGGCAGAGGGGCACCAUGACCCCCCGGCACCGCUCCGGCGGCAGCUCCUGCGCGCAGGGCAGGCUCCUCGCCCUGGUUCCUGGCACGGGAGACACCUUCCUGGUCACCCCUGGGAUGAGGGCCACCAGGCCUGGGAUGAGAGCCACCAUCCCCAGAGUGAUGCCCGCCGGCUGGCUUCCCACACUGAGCACUAUGACAGCAGCUACCCCAGCCAGCCCUACUCCAGGCAGGGGUAUGAAAACCCCCACUGGCAGUAUCCUGCAGCUGCAUAUGGAAAUGGCUACCCCUACCAAAGCCACCAGUGGCAGCCAGUGGCAUGGCAGGAUGACAGAGACCUGAGACAGGGAGAGUCUUAUGUCAAGAGUUACCAGGACCAGCACUACUACAGGGGCUACCACCCCAACCUGGCCACAGGCCCCCCAGGGCAGGACAGGACACAGACCUACAACUCCUGUGAGGAUAGCUACACCUCGACUGCCAGGAGGGAAGGGACAGGGGAAAGAACCCUUGGCAGUGAUUCUGGGGAGGCUGGUGGCCAGCCCAAAGAGCCCUCGGACCAGCCCAGCCUGCUCCAGCAGUACCACGAGUCAGGACUCAGCUCCAGCAGCCAUGAGCUCAGCCAGUACAUCCGUGAUGGUGCUGACCAAUAUGACCCUGUGCUUACAGGGCCCUGGGAUGUGGGACAAACAGGGGGGCCUAUGAAGCCCACCUCCAGCCCAGCAGUUCCCCUCAAGUUCCCACAGCUGCACACAGCACUGUGCUUUGGAGCUGGGGGUCACCUGGUGCUGGUGUGUCCCCACCACCCUGCUGAGGGACAGCUACCCCGCGUUCAGCUGCACAGCCUGGAGGCAGUCCUUCAUGGCACAGAAGAGCUAGAGGAGCUGCAAGCCUUCCCCGGGCCCCUGGCCAGGGAAGAUCUGCACAAGGUGGAUGUGGUGACGUUUUGUCAGCAGAAGAUAACCACAGGCUGUGAUCUCUCAACACAGAGGGGCAGAGAUUCUUCUCUCCUCUGGAAACUCCUGGUCCUCCUCUGCCGGCAGAAUGGGUCCCUGGUGGGCUCGGACGCGGCCGAGCUGCUGAUGCAGGACUGCAGGCGCCAGGACAAGUACAAGAGGCAGGACCCUGCAGCCAACCUGAUGGGGCUGACGGACGACGAGUGGGCAUCGCGCCAGCCCGGCACGCUGGACCUCAUCACUGGGGAGGUCGCUCCUAUCGUGGAGACACAGGAACAGAUAGUGGAGAAGUUCACCAAGCUCCUCUACUAUGGCAGGAAGAAAGAUGCUCUGGUCUGGGCCAUGAGAAACCAGCUGUGGGGCCAUGCCCUGUUCCUCUCUAGCAAGAUGGACUCUCGGACGUACAGCUGGGUCCUCAGCGGGUUUACCAGCACACUGGCCACCAAUGACCCACUGCAGACCCUCUUCCAGCUCAUGUCAGGAAGGAUCCCUCAGGCAGCUCUGUGCUGUGGGGAUGCCACAUGGGGAGACUGGAGGCCCCACCUGGCUGUGAUAUUGUCCAACAAGGUUGGAGACACGGAGCUGAACCACCGAGCCAUUGUCACCAUGGGAGACACUUUGGCCAGCAAGGGAGCAGUCGAAGCAGCUCAUUUCUGCUACCUGCUGGCAGAUAUUCCUUUUGGUUACUUCGGAGCAAAGGCAGAUCGUAUGGCCCUGCUGGGAAGCAGCCAUCGCCAGGCAUUUUCCCAGUUUGCCAGGACAGAGGCCAUCCAGAGGAUGGAAAUCUUCGAGUACUGCCAGCAGCUACACCAGCCUGAAUCCUUCCUGCUCCCUUUCCAGGUGUACAAGCUGCUCUAUGCCUCCCGCCUGGCUGACCACGGGCUGCCAGCCCAGGCCCUGCAGUACUGUGAGCACAUCUCCACUGUGCUCCUGCGCCAGGACCCGGCCGCACACCCCGUGCUGGCCCGGCAAGUGGUGAGGCUGGCCGAGCGGCUGAAGCUCUCCGACCCUCUGCUCCUGGAGAUGCCAGAGCAGGACCAGGUGCUGGAGCCUGACUGGCUGGAGCAGCUCCGAGCCUGCUGCCGGGACCGUGAGGUGGAAGAUGAUCAUCCUCCAGAGGUGGCAGCUACUCAGCUGGAGCUGCCCUGUGCUGUUCUACCGACAGCAGAUGAAGAGCCUGGCAGUGAGAUUCCCCAGAGUGAAGCCUACCAAUAUGACCAGUGGUUUGAGCCUGUGCCAUCCCAGGGACUGAGCUCCCAGGAGGAUGUGUUCCUCAGGUCCCCAGCACCUGCUCAGGCCGUGGCGUCGCCGCUGCCCAGCGUUGGGAGAGACCUGCAGCCCCCUGUGCUCGGCCAAGGGACACGUGCCCCUUUGGGAGGGGAUAUUGCUGAGCCCCCUCCACAGCCAAUGCUGCUGGCAGGAGAAGCUGGGGAGCCCUGGGGUGCCAAGCUGUCCCCUGGAGGGGUAGAGCCAGCCCUCCCCACAGAGCAGGAGGAGUUACCAAGCAGGAUUCGGACUGAAUCGGAGACCUCCACUGUCUCCUUGGGGGACAGCCGGCCCUCCUUGGACAGCACAGAUGAGGACACUGCCGGAGAGCGGGCAGAGGCCCUGAAGCCAGAGCAGGACAAGAGCUCUGGAUUCAGGUGGUUUGGCUGGUUUCGGUCAAAACCCACCAAGGAAACUUCUGCCAAAGCUGAGUCUGAGACAGACUCAGACUCUUCCACAUCAGGACCACAGGAGCAGACAUCACCAUCCCCACCCAUUGCCCCUCUUGCAGCUGGGACAAACCAUUUGGCACAGCCUCUCUCCACAAAUCCUGGAGGAACACAGGGUGAAAGUACCUUUGCUGUUAGUCCAGUGUCUGCAGAUGUGAAAGGCUCAUGUGAGAAGGAGGGAAGGCAGUCAGCAGGACAGCAGACAGGCUACCCUGGACCUCUCCCACCACUGGCUUCAAUUCCUCUUUUCAACCCUGCUCAGGUCUCUCAGCUUGCUGCCCGACCCACCCAACCCAGGCUGCUUUCUCAGCAUCGCUACCCGAACCCGCUGUGA